AUGGCAGAAGUGAUCGGCGCUAUCUCUGCGGUCAUUACCCUCAUCGACACCUCGAUUAAAAUCUACGACAGUGCCCUGAAAGACAUCAAAUUAUCAGAGACAUUCGAAGUUGUUCGACGCCAGCUUCCCGUCAUUCUCCACACCCUUGAGAUAUGCGAAAGCCACAUAAAAGCGAAGAAAGACUCAAUACCAGGGAAUGUCUGCGAAGCCUUAGAGAAGACUCUUGAAGAUUGUGACAUAAAAGCGACAAAUCUAAGAGCAAUCUUCGAGAAGAUCAUACCCGGUCAAAGCGACAAAUGGAAGGAACGAUACUUGAAGGUUCUCCUGCGUCUCGGCAAAGGGAACAAAGUCGAAGAGCUUAUGCUAGGGCUCACUAAAGACGUCCAACUUAUUGUCAACCACGAAGCGGUCGGGUCUGCCAAUCAAACGCAAACCGAGGAGCUUGAAAACAUUAUUAAAGAGAUGAAGUUUGUCACACCAUCGGUGCCCGACGAAGAACCAUCUACCAAAAUGUUCAACAGUGGUGGGGGACCGCAGAUGAACAAUGUGAAUAGCGGCAGUGGGAAACAGUAUGUUAGUAACGGCAGUGGAAAGCAGUAUAACGCUGAGACCCAAAAUUUUGAGGUGAGACAGAAAGAGGACUUUAGUUUUCGUGGACCCGUUGGUAUCUGUCUCGGCCAAGCGCCUUAUAUCGCUCCAGAACUCUUCGUCGGUCGUGGCUCCGAGCUUGAUGAAAUGGCAGAAAUUUUACACCCUGUUAAGGAGCUUCAAAAGCAACAACGUCUAGUCCUGGGUGGGAUGGGUGGUAUCGGCAAGACUCGGCUUGCUAUCGCCUACGCAGAGUCACGGUCUGGAUUUUAUAGCUCGGUGUUUUGGCUGAAUGCGGUGUCCGAGGCUGCACUAAAGGAGAGUUUUCGAUCAAUCGCCACCCUCAUCUUCGACAUUCAGGAUCCUCGACUCUUGGAGGGUAAGGAUAUCAUCGGACGUGUACACCAAUGGCUAUCUGAUUCGACAAAUACCAAGUGGUUAUUGAUCUUUGAUAACUAUGACGACCCCGGCCUAUUCGAGAUCAACGAUUAUUACCCACAUACUACAAGUCAUGGGGCUAUUCUCGUUACCACUAGGUGCCCAGAUCGCGUUGGCGGAAACAUUUUACAUGUAAAGCCGUUGCAAGACAUCGAAGAUAGCCUGGCGGUCUUACAAACUCGAUCAAAAAGACUGAAUGUUCAAUCAGAUCCUCACGCAAGCCUCCUUGCAGAGCGACUUGCAGGUCUUCCGCUUGCUUUAGCAACUGCUGGGACGUAUCUUCAGCGAAGUACUCUUACCUUUGAACGCUACCUGCAAGAAUAUAAGAGACGCUGGAACAUUGAUCCCCGUCGCCCCACUAAGCUCCAAGAGUAUCGCGAACGUACACUUUACACGACCUGGGAUUUGUCGUAUGCUCGCUUGGAAAUCGACGACUCGGACGCUGCAGAACUACUAAAAUUGUUGGCCUACUUCGGUAAUCAGAGCCUUUGGUACGAGCUUUUCCGCGGUGGACUUUCCAAAGAAUCUCCCGAGUGGCUUCGUAAACUGGUUGCGGACGACGUGUCCUUCCAGGGAGUGAUGGGAAUCUUGACCGAAUACUACUUUCUAGAAGUCCACUUGGCAUCAGAAACAUGGAGCAUGCAUAACUGUGUGCAUGACUGGACAUUAGCCGCACUCAAUAAGAACGUUGAUAUUGGGCAUUACUGGUAUGCUUUCGACUGCGUUGAAGCGACCAUCAGUGGGGUUGAUACUGAUUCUUUGGGUCAUAUCACCUUUGCCCGCUCGGCUAGUCAUGCAACACGACUAGUGCAACAGCGAUUCCUCGAUAACGAUGUGAUAUAUGAUCAUGCGCCAGAUAAACUCGAUAAGGUAGUAGCUGUUUCACGGCUGCUUCAUGACCAAAUCCAGCUAGAUGAGGCCGAGCAGAUGUAUAUACGGGCACUAGCUGGGUACGAGAAAGCACUGGGACCAGACCACACAUCAAUCCUCGACACCGUCAAUAAUCUCGGACUUCUAUAUGCUGACCAAGGCAAGCUGGAUGAGGCCGAGCAGAUGUAUAUACGGGCACUAGCUGGGUACGAGAAGGCGCUAGGACCGGAGCAUUUAUCAACCCUCCGCACGGUCAAUAAUCUCGGACUUCUAUAUGCUGGCCAAGGCAAGCUAGAUGAGGCCGAGCAGAUAUACAUACGGGCACUAGCUGGGUACGAGAAAGCACUAGGACCGAACCACACAUCAACCCUCCGCACGGUCGACAAUCUCGGGGUUCUAUAUGCUAG